GCGGGGGCCGGCGGCCCCGGGCCCGAGGGCAUGGAGCGCCUGGGGGAGAAGGCCAGUCGCCUGCUGGAGAAGUUAAGACUUUCGGACUCCGGCAGCGCCAAGUUCGGCCGCAGAAAGGGUGAAUCUAGCCGGGCUGGGUCUGAUGGGACCCCCGGCCCGGGCAAGGCGCGCCAGAGUGGUUUGGGGGGCCCUAGGAAAUCAGGGCCCCGUGGAGCUGCUGGGGCACCUGGGGAUGAGCCGCUGGACCCAGCCCGGGAGCAAGGCCCCCUGGACGCUGAGCGGAACCCGCGCGGCUCCUUUGAGGCUCAGCGCUACGAAGGUUCCUUUCCCGGGGGGCCUCCUCCCACCCGGGCCUUGCCUCUACCUCAGUCACUGCCCCCCGACUUUCGGCUGGAGACUUCGGCCCCGGCCCUGAGCCCCCGCUCCAGCUUCGCCAGCAGCUCCGCCAGCGACGCGAGCAAGCCGUCCAGCCCGCGGGGCAGCCUCCUGCUGGACGGGGCGGGGGCCGGCGGCGCCGGGGGCAGCCGACCCUGCAGCAACCGCACCAGCGGCAUCAGCAUGGGCUACGACCAGCGCCACGGCAGCCCCCUGCCCGCCGGGCCGUGCCUGUUUGGGCCCCCCCUGGCCGGGGUGCCGGCGGGCUACCCGGGAGGGGUGCCGUCCGCCUACCCGGAGCUCCACGCCGCCCUGGACCGACUGUGCGCCCACCGGCCCGCGGGCUUCGGCUGCCAGGAAAGCCGCCACUCGUACCCCCCGGCCCUCGGCAGCCCGGGAGCGCUGGCCGGGGCCGGAGUGGGCGCGGCAGGGCCCUUGGAGAGACGCGGGGCGCAACCCGGACGACACUCGGUGACCGGCUACGGGGACUGCGCCGCGGGCGCCCGGUACCAGGACGAACUAACAGCCCUGCUGCGCCUGACGGCGGGCACCGCGGGGCGAGAAGCCGGCGCCCGCAGGGAACACUCGGGGAUUGAGCCGUCGGGUCUGGAGGAGCCGCCGGGCGCCUUCAUCCCGGAGGUCGCCCGGGUCCGGAUGCGGGAGCCCGAGGCCAGGGAAGACUACUUCGGCACCUGUAUCAAGUGCAACAAAGGCAUCUAUGGGCAGAGCAACGCCUGCCAGGCCCUGGACAGCCUCUACCACACCCAGUGCUUUGUCUGCUGCUCCUGUGGGCGAACUUUGCGCUGCAAGGCUUUCUACAGCGUCAAUGGCUCUGUGUACUGUGAGGAAGAUUAUCUGUUUUCAGGGUUCCAGGAGGCAGCUGAGAAAUGCUGUGUCUGUGGUCAUUUGAUUUUGGAGAAGAUCCUGCAGGCGAUGGGGAAGUCCUACCACCCAGGCUGCUUCCGAUGCAUCGUUUGCAACAAGUGCCUGGACGGCAUUCCCUUCACAGUGGACUUCUCCAACCAGGUGUACUGUGUCACUGACUAUCACAAAAAUUACGCUCCCAAAUGUGCGGCCUGCGGCCAACCCAUCCUCCCCUCAGAGGGCUGUGAGGACAUUGUGAGGGUGAUUUCCAUGGAUCGAGAUUAUCACUUUGAGUGCUACCACUGCGAGGACUGCCGGAUGCAACUGAGUGAUGAGGAAGGCUGCUGCUGCUUCCCUCUGGACGGGCACUUGCUCUGCCACGGCUGUCACAUGCAGCGGCUCAGUGCCCGACAGCCCCCUGCCAACUAUAUCUGAACUGCAGUCACUGCUGCUGCCAUCACAACCGUUGACAAAUUCCUCUGGCCAGUGGGCCCCUCCAAGGCCAGUCGCGGCAAGGAAUGUACUUACUCCGUAGGCCUGGCAGAAGAGUCCUCUGGGGAGGGCCCCAAGGGCCAGAGACCCAAAGAUUGUGACAUUCCAAAUGGACAGUAGAGGAGGACACUUCGAAUUUCAAGGGCAGAGUUGACUGGCGCUCCUUCCACGUGUGCAACAUGUGCUAUCUAGCAUAUACGCAGGCACACACAGACGGGUCCCAGUGCUUUCUAAACACCUGAUUCUAGUCUUUGCGUAAGUCAAGCAGUGUUCUGGUUCUGGAUUAGAGGAAGACAGGAUAUCUAGGAGCUCCUCACUCUUACACCUUAAGGGGUAUAAGCAUCUUUUCUCUGUAUCUGAAUGAAGAGGUGGAGACUCUGGACUUUAUUAAAGGAGUUAUUUCUUGGCCACCUCCUCUCUGAUGACUAGGAGAGCGGCUCACCCCUCUGCCGGGGUUGGGGUCCAGCUCUGGGGGGGCCCUGUUGCCUGUAUUGCCUGUAACUCAGGGACUCAUGUGGGCUUGGAGAGGUUAGCUGGGUGCCUGUACUUGGUCCCUCUUCUCAGAUGGGGGAGAAAUGACCUUGCAUGCUCCCAGGUUCAAGUGCACUGAGCCCUCCAGCACAUGGGUGGAUUCACACACACAGACACAUACACAAAUACAGAUACUUGUACUUGUACUCCAUUCCUCUCAGGUCACUCACACUUGUUUCCCUGUCAGUAUAGCUCAUACUCUAGUAACUUAGUCAUGUAGACCUGCCACCUCUCAGAGGGAUCCAGGUUACAUCCACUGCAACCUGCCAGCCCUGACACUCUGGGGAGCCGGAGGGAAAAACAGAUUUGGUUCCAGCCAGUGUGGCUACAAUUGUUUCACCUAAAGCUAAGUUUCUUAUAGCCAGUUCACUGUGGAAAACUUGUUUGCUUAAAGUUCAGCUCACUUAAUGUCCGGUUUGCCAACUGCUCAGUUCCUUGCUGGAUGUUUUUAUAUCUGUUUAGGUGUCCGUUCUCUUUUUGUGAUGCUUUGGGUAUUUCAAGGACUUGUAUGUAUUCAUCCAAGAGUACUUCCAAAUUAUUAUUAGCAGCAUAAAUUUAUCAAAUUUGCAGCACUUUGUAAAUGAUGAGAUUGCUUUCUACCUGUAUGGAUAUCUUUUGCUAUGUUAUUUACUUUUUAAAAAGUUUAAAGUUUCUAGCAAUAAAUAUAAUUGGUACAGACAUUUUGUGUAUAAUUUUUUGUUUCUUAAUCCAAUAUUUCUUUACAAAGCAGAUGCCUGGAAAAUUGUAAUAGAGCUUAAUAUGACUUUGGUGCUUGGUCUAAUUUCUACAUUCCUAUUAAAAUGCCAAUAUAUUCUAAACAAAUGAACGGGCGUAUGGCACAUUCAGCUGACUGGCAAUGGAAGGUUAUAGAGACAACAGCAACAAAAAGCGAGAAAGCGUUGAAUCUGCUAAAUCCUUAAAUGCUGCAGAUUUGAUAAAUGUUUUAGACUAAUUGCCUCUAGGUGAAUUGGUUUUAGGCUAAUUACUCUGAUAAUCUUUGAUCUUUAAUCUUCAUUUCUGUCACUCAGUGUUUCAUAUUGGAAAUGACUCCUGAGAACAGAAAAGCCACAGUUAGGGGUGAUUCUAAGAUGACUGUACCGACCACCCUGAAAAUUGCCUGGAAGAGGUCUAUGAAUGAGAGUGGGAGUGGGAGCAGGUGUUAAGAUUCAUAGAGAACCAGGGGUAUGGGGAUGUACUAUUUUUAAGGGAUAAAUAUUCUGAAAUGAGUUCACUUGUUCUGCAGCUGGGGUUGUUUCUCCUGAACUGUUAACUAUUAAUUAAGUAAAUACAAAGACCAUGACUGAGAUCCUUUCUCGGCAGACUGCUCCAGGUCUGGGAAAUCCAGAUAAGCAUGUAUUGCUUUACAUCCAUCCCUUGAGUUCUGUCUUUCACUCUUGGGGGUGUUAUCUGCUCUGUUACUCUUACCCUUUGUCUCUUAUUCUGAUUUAGGCUCCAUACAUUGUUCAUUGUCCUCUGUUCCAGCCUUGGGGCUCCCCAAAGGCUCUUCUUGCUGCUGGGGCUACUCCUUUCAGAGGGAAAGCCAGUGCUAACAUCUGACAAGGACAGGGCCAGGAAUGGCAGGUUGCAGCAGAGGAGUAGCCCCAGUCACUACACAGCAGAGGCAGGCUCCCAAGUGUAGCCUGUAAAGCAAGAGUUUCCUGUCAUCCUAUUUUCUGGGGGUUGCUUAUCCUUAAUAGUGGCAUUGAAUAUUUACAGUUGAUAGGUGAAAGAUUCAUGUGAGGCUACCAAGGAUACAGCAACCGGUAGGCUUGUUUGGCCAAUUUGCUACCUGAUUUUCAUCAAUAGCCACUAGUCCUGAGAUGGAGAGAGGAGAAAAUGGAACAAUUAUGGAUCUACUUUGUGUGUUCAGAUGAAAGUCGCAGGACAUGGGUCAGCAUUUAACUGCAGACUCCAGCUAUUUGCUCUGGCCAGCUUGUUUGCUGCUGCAGUUCCAAAUGUGGUUUAUGAAGAGUAAGCUCAGGGGUGAUUCUGUUUUCCCUUCUUCACCUCCCAAGGCUAGGGAAAUGCUGAGGUUCCAUUUAUGAUCAGUCAGGAAGGAGGUAGAGAAAGAGAUCUUUCCCGGCAUGUAAAGUCAGUUGGAUGAGAUUGUACCUAUAAAGGAUGGAAUAAAAAGAGGGAAAGGAGAGUAAUAGGAUUGAGAUGAAAAGAAUGGGGAACACCUGUUUUAUUUUUCAGGAGGAACUGUACCCUGGAACUGGCCGGGGUCAUUCAGAGCCCUAAUGGUGAGGUUCUAACCGCUCUGCCUCCCAUCCUCCCUUGCCGCACAGAUAAUCUCAGGUUGGGCCUCCGCUGACUUGUUGCCGUGUAGGUCCUUGCACCUUGGAACGUCCACACAUUGUAAAGGACUAAAGCUUGACCUUGGAAAUGUGCGCAAAUUAUUACAGGACAUAGAGGUGAGACCAGCCUGUCUCACUGGGAAGGGAAAGGAGUCAUCAGAGGCAAAUUCUGUCAACUAUGGGUAUUAUUUCACCUAAGCUUAGAAAGAAUAGUGCUGACAAGUGCGAAGGGAGCCAUGGUGCUCUCCAAGCCGGGAGAGAUGGUUUAGGAGGAAUAUCUACUAAAAGGUAUUACUUAGAAUCAAAUAGGGUGUCAUUGUAGAGAUAGCCCAGUCACCAUAUUUUACUGAAUGAACAAAUAGAAACCGAGUAAUGAUGGGACUGACCUAAAGUCAUGCAGCUGGAAAAUGAUUUUCCAAUCUUUGAAGACUAGUAAGAGCUUAUUUUACCUUUUCCUUCCUAUCUCCCAUCAGAGGGACUAUAAAUGAGAUAAGUACUUCAUUAUGCUACAUCAUUAGGGGAAGUUUUAGUGGGAAAGCCAGGGAACACCAGAGAGAAUAAUGACAACUUUUUGUUCUUUCUUGUGCUUUUUUUGUUAAUUAGAAUUAACAGUCACCCAACUACCUAUGAAAAUACAUUAAGAGCAGCAAAGGAAAUGCACUGCAGGAGAGUGCCGCCCUUGAGGAGGUCACAGUCUAGCUAGGGAGACAAAUACAUAAAAUGCCUGAGAAGAUUACAAGCAACAUGUCAACAAGUGCAAAGUAAAUGAGUGUCACAAAAGACAAUGCCACAGAGUGCAGAUGACAGAGGUAAGACUUUGGCUUAGCUUAUAUAGAUCAGAAGGUGGCAGCCUACAGGCUGAAUCCUGCUCCCACAUGCAUUGAGUUAUUUUUUAUAAUAUUAAUUAGGACUCUAGUUGAGGGAAAACAAAUUUACAAAGAAUGAUAGAAUUGGGAAACAGCAUUUUUGUGAUCUUUAACAAAACUAUUGAUUCUUACAAAGAUUAUUGAAAAAACACAGGUGAAAUGGCUGGUAAACUGGAUAUUCGUGGUGCCAAGGAUAGUGUCACUCUCUUGUCUUGAGGACAGAAAUAGUAUUUUUGAAGGGAUCAGACUCAGCACUGUUUCCUAGAAUCAGUAGACCAUUUUGGUGUGAUGCAAAAUACAUCACCCAACCUAGUAUAUAUUACAGCUGCUCCCUAUUCCCAGAAAAAAUAUUAGAUAUAACUUGACUUUACAGGAGAUACCAGGGACAGAGAAAUAAACUAAGGGACACUAUAGGAAGCAACUGGACAAAUCAGGAGGUGAGGUAUUAUGCAGUGCAACUGGCCAGCUCUAUUCAGCAAGUCAGUACAAUUUUUAAAAAAUUUGCUAGAUCAGAGAGACAUAAGAUGUAUAAUAAUUCUAUAGUGUAUAGGCCUGGUUACUCUAUUAGUUUAAACAAAUUAUUAUAAAAAGGUGUUUGGGGGUUAAUUUGAAAAUUUUGAAUCUGGACAGGGGAUUAGAUGAGGUGGAAAUUUAUGAAAUGGAAAGGUCAAAAUCAUUAAUAAAAAGUCAGUUCCAAAGCCAUAUGUACAGGGUAACCAUAUUUUGUUUCUGAAAUGUCUAUAUUUAUGGGGAAAAAAAGAUCUGAAAGGUUAUACACUGAUGUGUUAAAGUGGUAAUCUCAGAGUGGUGAGAAUAUGUUUUGUUACUGGCCUACAUUUUCUAUUUUUGUACAUGUGUACUGCCUCUGUAAUAAUAAUACGUUGUUAGAAAUAAAAUAACUGGUUGCCAACAUUUACAGUUCUAGAGAUUUUACAAAAUCUGAUAUUGUCUAGGAACAGCUAUAUUUCCAAGGGGUAUUGCAUAAUCAGAAGCUCCAUCUUCCCUGGGCUUCCAUUCCCACGUGGCCGCAGUGGUUGGAAGUAAUGACACUGCCCUUAAUUCUGUGUGUUCCCUACUUAGUUUGUCACAGUCCCCACCACUCUCUGGCUGUGCCCUUCACACAUUGCUUACCUGCCUGGUUCCAGUAGACAGUUCUGAGUCAAAAAAUUCUUGAUUUGGAUGAUCCUGAUGGGCUCCCCAUUCAUAGAACUCGACCUCCUACCCAAUCAGUAAUCAUUUGAAGGCACCAAUAAAUUUGUUUUGAAAUGCUGCCUAAGAAAAACAUCCAUUCCAGAAUUAUCUGUGCCUGUGUCUUUUAUAAGGAAAUCCAGUCAUGAGAAACCCAGAUGUAAUACUUAAUCUACUUAGCUACCAUGGUUGCAUACGGUAAAUUAGUUUAGCAAAAUUUCUCUUUGGUAAAUGGAAUAUAAAAAAGUAUACUAAAUUGCUAACUUCCUCAAGGUUUUGCUUUUCUUUGCCAUAACACCUAAAUCAUAGGAGUCAUUUCAAAAUUUAUAAUGUAUGUUCUUCCCAAGCAUGAAACUCCAAAUGCCCUUUAGUUGGUCUUUUUCUCCCACUGGUUCUAAUGCAGUUUGUAAAGGAGAAAAUCUCUUUCAUAGGUAACUCAGUAUAAGACCAUGUCAUCAUCAGUUUUAAAUCCAAGGAAAUACUUUUAUCAGCGUGGUACAUGUUUUCGCAUUACUGCAGCACACUGGACCCAUUAUAACAAGAUCUGCACAUGUUGUGCUUCAUGUCUAGUUUUCCAGAAUGAUACUUGUCAUUGUCUUCUGAAUCAGUUUCCUUUACUGUCUCAUAUUCCUUUGGUAAAAAUUGUUUCAAUCUGUCCCAUUUUUUGGGCCAAAUUGCUCAGCAUUUCUUUGAUAUCCAAAAUUUCUUAUCAGGUCUUGUUUAUAUAUUAAUUCACAUUGUGUCUCAAAGUAAAGUUGGUCUCAUUCCGAUUUGUAUCACAAAAGUUUUCAUGGACAGGCAAUCCUUGAAGCUGCAAGGGACUUGGUUUGAAAUACACUUGGAAAGGUUAAGCAAUUGCAAAAAUGGUACAUUAUGAACAUUUGUUCUGAAUUUUCAUUUGCUGUCAUAGGUUGAUUACAUAUUUUCUUUAUCCACUUGUUUUCUUCUUAAAUCAUGUACUUACAAUGGGCGUGAAAUUUUCUAGCUUAAUCAUCAAUAGUUGUGGCUUUGAAUACCUUCAUUUCCCAGCGAACACCUUUGAAAAUAAUUCUAAAAUCUCUUGAAUGCCUGUAAAAAAUUUUAUUUCUGAAAUUAGUUCCUGAUCUAUAAUACCAUAAUAUAUUCUGGCUAUUGUCUUCAGAUACUUUCAAAGUGGUGUGACUUAUUUUAAGUUUUUCUAAACAAUUGCUCAAUUAUGUGUGAUUCCAAGGUCCAAUGGCUAUGUUAACAUCCUAGCUUUGAGAGUGGUUACUUAAACCGGGAAUUAUCAGUGUGAGAAAAGUUUCCUUUAGUUGGAUAAGUAGAAUUCUACAUACUCACCUGAAAUAUCUAUCUUUGGAGCAUCAUUUUGUUUCCUGGCUACUGUGUGGGAGGCAGAGUCCCUACAAUGUACUCAGCAGAUUUCCAUUCUUCUCCAUAAUUCUAAACAAUGCAACAAAGAAAUACCCAAGUCUGAAAGGUUAAGUAGACUUUUUCUCAGACUCCCAUUUACAUUUAUCAUCAAGUUAAAAGCAUCUACAUGAAUAUUUUUUUAAUGCUUGCUCUAAGAGCAAUCAAUGCCUUCAAGAAAUUAGAGCUAUCUGCACAGCAAAAGAGACAAUAACAAAAACAAAGAGAAACCCCACCAACUGGGAGAACAUUUUUGCACCCAACCUUAAUGAUAAAGGACUGAUCACAAAAAUCUGCAAAGAGCUGAUGAGACUCAACAACAACAAAGAAAAUAAUCCAGUCAAAAAAUGGGCAGAAGAGCUAAAAAGAAACUUCU